AUGAAUGCACCAUCGUUCCGCAUGGAGAAAGGAGCAGAUGGGAAAAUGCUUCUCCACUACUACUCUGAUAGGAGUGGUCUGUGCCACAUCAUACCAGGUAUCAUUGAGGCUGUGGCCAAAGACUUCUUUGACAUUGAUGUGACCAUGGAUAUCCUCGACAUGAGUAAGGAAGAGGAGAGGACAGGAAAGAAGGAGGAGCAUGUUGUGUUUCUGGUUGUGCAGAAGUCUCACAGACAGAUGAGAAGGGCAAAACCAAACAGGUUACAAGACAAUCAGGACAUCCAGAGAGACCAAGAGGUACUGGAGGCGGCUUUCCUUAGGAUGAAAGAGAAAUAUUUGAGUGUCUCUGUUUGUCCUGUGAAGAAAUCACACUGGGAAAUUGUGAGAAAUAUAGUCAUGUUUGGAAAAGGGCAUCUCGUGAACACCUUUGUGCCAGUUUAUCCCGAGCAGCUCUCGAUUGAACAGAAGACGUUCUGCAAUGCUUUUCCUUUCCACAUUGUGUUUGAUGAAUCACUGAGGGUCAAGCGAGCUGGAGUGAAUAUUCAGAAGUAUGUCCUGGGACUCCAAACCCAGAAGAUUCAAUUAGAUGAGUAUUUCUCCAUCAUUCAUCCCCAAGUUACCUUCAACAUUUUCAGCAUCUGCAAGUUUAUCAACAGCCAAUUUGUCCUGAAGGCAUGAAGAGAAAGGAUGCCCGAGGCAUGGAAAAGUCAGCCUGCACUCAAACUCCGAGGCCAGAUGAUCUGGAUGGAGUUUGUGCGCUGCCUGAUGUACCUGUGCUCCCCAAAGCCCCGCAGUGUGCAGGAGCUGGAGGAGCGCAAAAUGCACCUCCCUGACGUCGCCCCCCAUGACACCACCAGCGAUCUCAUCCUCCUGAACCAGCAGCGACUGGCUGAGAUUGAGCUGUCCAACCAGCUGGAGAGGAAGAAGGAGGAGCUGCGGGUCCUCUCCAAGGACUUGGCCAUAGAAAAGAAGAACACAGAGACCCUGCUUUAUGCCAUGCUGCCCCAACAUGUGGCCAACGAGCUGAAGGAGGGCAAAAAGGUUGCCGCAGGAGAAUUUACAACCUACACGAUUCUUUUCAGUGAUGUGGUGACAUUUACUAAUAUCUGUGCUGCCUGCCAACCUAUCCAAAUAGUGAAGAUGCUGAAUUCAAUGUACUCCAAGUUUGACAGAUUAACCAGCGUCCACGAGGUCUACAAAGUGGAAACAAUAGGAGAUGCUUACAUGGUGGUGGGGGGUGUCCCGGUGCCUAUUGGAAGCCAUGCUCAAAGAGUGGCUAACUUUGCCUUGGGGCUGAGAAUUUCUGCAAAAGAAGUCAUGAAUCCUAUUACUGGAGAACCCAUCCAGAUCAGAGUCGGCAUCCAUACGGGACCAGUCCUAGCAGGUGCGGUGGGAGACAAGAUGCCCUGGUACUGCUUGUUUGGUGACACUGUGAACACAGCUUCUAGGAUGGAAAGUCACGGGCUUCCCGACAAAGCGCAGCUCAGUCCCACGGCCUACAGCGCUCUGGAAAAUCAAGGCUUUGAAAUAAUUGAGAGGGGUGAAAUCGAAGUGAAAGGUAAAGGGAAAAUGACCACGUACUUUCUGAUCCGGAACCUGAAUGCCUCAGAGGACGAGAUCAUGGGCAGACCUCAAAGCCUGCUUGAUCGCAAGGAGGCAAGUGCUCAAGGAAGUCAAGACAGCAGGACUGUUGCCAUCAUGCAGUACGAGCACAGUGAGCCGCUGUACCCGAGGAGUGACAAGGCAGACGAAAAACAUAUUGGUUUCCGGGUACCAGGGUACCCAGGGUACCCACGGUACCCGCGAAACAAAGUUUGUCUGGACAUCAUGCCCCCGUAG